AAACGCCUAAAUAAACGGUAAACAUACAAGUUUGUCGAAUAGAGAACUAGCUUACAGGAAAUGUACAUUUGACGUUUGUUAGUUUUGGUCUAAACAAAGAGCAAAGUUUUCUCCAAUAGCAAGUGGCGACAUAAACGAGUGUUCUUGUAUCGAGCGACCUGAUUGGCGGAAGAGGAAAGGGGGCAGGUUUGUACACUCACGGGCAGCGAGACUGCUGGAAAACUUGGCUAGAGUUUGCGUAAAUGUUCUUUUCCUCGGCUCGCGUCGAAUAGUUUGGAUAACACGUCUUUUUAGAGUCAAAGUGGAAACACCGAGACUUGUUAUUGGCGUCAAAUGCCACUUCUGGAUGCCUUCCUCCCACUGAAGUGAAGAAAAACAUCGGCUGUAACUAACCCGAGCGCCACCAUGCAGGGAAAUGUCGGCGUGUACGCGGUGAAGAGGAGGAAAAAGCCCGUCCAGAAGAACGCCGCGCCUCCCCCCGUGAAGACCAACCCGUCCAAACGGCACCGAGACCGCCUGAACGUGGAACUGGAGCGUCUGACCAGCCUGCUUCCUUUCUCCGAAGAUGUACGCAACCGCCUGGACAAGCUAUCGGUGCUGCGGCUCAGCGUGGGAUACCUCAAAGCCAAGAGUUACUUCCAUGGGCAGCGCAGGACGGACACGCAGCUCUCUCGCCACGAUAGUAAUGGCCGCUCUGUGUCACUGGACGGCGUCGGUUUCUCUGAGGGCGAGCUCCUUCUCAAGUCGCUCCAUGGCUUUGUAUUGGUGGUCACAGGGGACGGCACCAUCUUCUACACGUCACCCACCAUCCAGGACUACCUAGGCUUCCAUCAGUCUGACCUGGUGCAGCAAAGCGUCUAUGACCUCAUCCACAUCGACGACCGAGAAAUGUUCAGCUGCCAGCUGAAGCUCGGCGUGCACCUCAGCGAGCCCGGAGAGGACGUCGCAACAACGAGCAGCCGGCACCAUCUUCAACUUCAGGAGAACUCCUUCUUUCUGGAGAGAAGCUUUUGCUGUCGUCUGCGCUGCCUCUUGGACAACACAUCUGGAUUCCUGGCUUUAAAAUUUUCCGGCCAUCUUAAGUACAUGUGGAAGGACGGUGGGCCUGAGGGAAGUCCUCUGUUAGCCCUGUUCGCCAUCGCCACACCCGUGCAGCCGCCGGCCGUCAUGGAGAUCCGCACAAGGACGCUGAUUUUUCAGACGAAGCACCGGAUGGAUUUUGCCCCCAUGGCCGUUGAUACCAGGGGCAAGCUGGUGCUGGGUUUCUCGGAGACUGAGUUGAUCACCCCGGGUUCCGGUUAUCAGUUCGUGCACGCAGCUGACAUGAUGUACUGCGCCGAUAAUCAUCUCAAGAUGAUCAAGACUGGCGACAGCGGCUUCACUUUCUUUCGGCUGCUCACCAAGGCAGGACAGUGGCUGUGGGUACAAGCCACCGCCCACGUGGUCUUCAAAGACGGACGACCCGACUUCAUCAUCGCUCGCCAGAAGCCUCUGUCGAACGAAGAGGGAGAGGAAUACCUCCAGCAGAGAAGACAGCAACUGCCUUUCAACCUAGCGACCGGGGAAGGUGUCUUGUACGACCUUUCCCUGGAUGAUUUUACCAUCCCGGACCCUCUCGGCACCGAGGAGCCUCUGAAGGAAAGCCCAGUGGAUCCCAGCUCCGUCUUGGGAUCGUUACACCGCCAAGACCACUCGCUUUAUUCCCAGAACCAAGUCCCGGCGUUCUCCCAGCCGGACCCGGAUCAGACCUUGGAGCGAGCCUUCUCGGACAGCCGCGCUCUGCUCAGCGUUCCGGGUCAGGUGGAAAAGACCGGAGGCUUCACGUCAGACCCCAUGCUGGACUCGCUGGAGCAGAUUCUGGGAAGGCUGGACGACAGCACGCUGGAUGGUCUGGAGGUGGAACAGGGCGAGCUAAGGGACUGGGAAAACGCACUGCUCAGGAUGAACCAAGACCGAGCCCCGGACGGCAUUUUGGCAAGCGAUGUCUUCUCUUACGUCGAAGAGGCCCUCGGGAUUAAAACGUCCAGAGGGGAAAGCUCUAAUUUGGCUUCACCGUACUCUUGGCAGUCAUUAGACUGCGGACAGCAAGUUCUCUCGGACGUUUCGUCCACUGACACUCAAACGGGACACUGGCUCCAGAGCGGUGAGAUUGCCAACAGCUCCUGCCGUUUUAAAAGCACUCCGUUGCCUUUGACGGUAGACACCAAUGCCAGUCCUGAGUCUGACCGGCGGAUUUUCAGCAGCUGCAUGUAUGAACAUCUAGAAAAACCGGGCUUUCCUGUUGUCAGCGGCGCGCGAAGUGGAAGGCUAGUUUAUUCGGGAGCGCCAAACCCGGGCUUCGCCAUGCCACACGCGGUCGAAGGAGGGCAGGUGCCUGCCAGCCAGAUGCACUUUCCCACGCUGGCCGGUAUAGCUGAGGCGGGAGCGUACCAACCGGACCGCGCCCCGGAGAACGGAAUGCUGCAGUCCAGUUUUUUCUGUUGGAACGGGGAAUCUCUGAUACCCAAAGCUCCCCUGAACCAGUGCGCCUUAACACCGCAACCAUCCGGAGGAGCAUCGAACCUUCCUAAAACGCCGUCCCCUAACAACCUGAAGCCGGUCGGUCGAAACCCCGCCUUCUCAUUUCAAUGGGACUGAAGCUGCUGUGUUUUAAUGCUCUUUUAGAAAAAAAAAAAAAAAAAAGCCCCAACGGGAUGAAGAAAAAUCUAGAGUAAAGAAUAUCUUUUUCUAGGUUUAUAUGUACUUAUGUAUAUGUAUGUAUACAGGCAUUGGUCAAAACAAAUGACCAUAUCAUAAAAAAGGAACUUAUUAAUUUCAUUCAAAAAGUGAAACUUGUGUAUUAUAUUCAUUCAUUCUACACAGACUGACAUUUAUGAGGAUUAUAACUCAACUAAU